GAGUGGCGGCGCGUUUGUCCCGGGAGCGGCGGCGCGGGGGCUCGGAGCCUCCGGGGGCUCGGAGCCUCCGGGACCCGCCCGCCCCAGCUCCCUGUCCCGGUCCAGCUUCAUUGCUUUUGUUAUUUGUGAUGCGUUUGGAUAUUAUCUGUAAUAACAGAUAACAGAAUUUGUGCCAGUGAGAGCGCUGCUGAAUUCUGCACCUGCCCUGGUUUCUGGGAUUGAGCACGGCUGUCAGAGUUCCCAGUCUGGCCUAAUGAGAAAAUCCAAGCGGGCUAAUUUUUGCUGCGUGGAUUUAAAUGCAGAAUGUGGGGUGCCUGAGACCUCCCCAGCCUCACUAAGGAGAGGAUGAAAUCCUCUGACAUCGACCAAGAAUUGUUCACUGAAAGUUACUGCAAGGUGUGCAGUGCUCAGCUGAUCUCCGAGUCCCAGCGCGUGGCCCACUACGAGAGUCGGAAGCAUGCCAGCAAAGUCCGUCUCUACUACAUGCUGCACCCCGUCGAUGGAGGCUGCCCGGCCAAAAAGCUCCGCUCAGAAAACGGCAGUGAUGGUGACUCAGUGGAUAAGAACAAAUGCUGCACGCUAUGUAACAUGUCCUUUACCUCAGCAGUGGUGGCAGAGUCACAUUACCAAGGGAAAAUCCAUGCCAAAAGGUUAAAACUGUUGCUAGGGGAACAACCAGCACUGAAGGCCACAGAGGCUGCUCUGGGCGCGCUGAAGCCGGCGCACACGGAGAGCGCCCCGGCCGUGCCGCCGCCGCCGCAGCCGCAGCGCAGGGACUCGGACAGGCACUGCCAGCUCUGCACGGCCUGGUUCAACAACCCCCUGAUGGCACAGCAGCACUACGACGGCAAAAAGCACAAGAAGAACGCGGCCAGGGCCGACCUCCUGGAGCAGCUGGGGAAGACCCUGGACCUGGGGGAGCUGCGAGGCCUGAAGCGCAGCUACACCUGCAACAUCUGCAACGUCACCCUGAACUCCAUAGAGCAGUACCAUGCACACCUGAAGGGCUCCAAACACCAGACCAACCUGAAGAACCAAUAGUGGCUCGUCAGUGGAGAAGAGGACAAGCACUGAUGCUGCUUCUGUGGAGGGGAGCGGGUCAGCAGGAGAGGAGGCUUUCUUGGACAGUGAUCCUAUGUGGAUUCAAUAAUUAACAUGUAACUAACCUUUGCUUUGGACAAGUACAUGGAAUUUUUUUUUUUUUUUAAUUUUGUGGUGAGUUAAAAUAUUUCGAUGGAUUUUUUUACCCUUUCAGGACAAUAUUUAUUCAGCACAGAGUCUAGAGUAUGAUAACUAUCCUGUAAAUACAGCACUUACUCAUCAGCCAUCUCCAGGGACAGUGGAAACAAACUAUUUUACUUUUUCAUAUUUAUUCCUAGAUUUCUCCCAAGAGUAUAAGAUUAUUCUACUACAUUAUCCAUGAUAGUGAUGUAAUCAGUCUUCAAUCAGAAAUAAACACACUUCCUUCACCUUC